GUGCGCUAAUGGGACUAAGAGCAAUGUUUUUGACAUCCAUUAUAGGGUAGCCAACAUUACAAGAUAUUUAAUAGAAUUAUCUAACCUCAAAGAUCCUUGCAAUACGCGUGGAUCCGGUUUUUUGCAAAAGCUGUAUUAAAAAUUACAAUAAGGAUGAAGGACAUUGAUUUUGAUUAUGGGAGCGAUCAAGAGGUGUCUGAAAAUCAUUCAAAACUUCUUGAAGCUGUAUCGCAACUCGAUAAAGGACAAAGAGUGAAAAAGCCACAGAGAAGCGAACCCAGUUUGGAAGUUUCUGAAUUCCAUCUGGUAAAGAGUGGAGUCUCUGAAAAUGAUGCUGUUGGGCUACAAGAUCUUGCUAAGACAUUGGGACAAAAAGCGACUCAUGCUGACAUUAGCAAGAAAUUUUCAGCAACACAGAAUAGAUCUAAAGUGUUAGCUAAGCCAUUAGAGAAACCUGCUGCGGAGAGAAUUAAACGUGUAGUGGGUUUUGAGAACGUCAAGAAAGAUUUGAACAAGUGGAAUGGCAUUGUAGCUCGGAACAGAACUGCAGAGAAACUAACUUUUCCAUUACGUCAACCUUCUAUGAAGGUGGAUGGAUCCACUGCGUUUAUCCAGAGAUUCAGAAUUCAGUCUGAGUUAGAAAAAGAGUUGGCUGCUUUGGAACCGAAACAGGAGAAACCAGAAGAGAAGGAAGAAGAAUUUCCUUUGACACUGGAAGAAAUUUUACAGAGGCGACAAGAGACUGCAAGAUUCAGGGCACAGCAGUCAUAUAAAGAAGCAAAGGCCCAUAGGCAAAAUAAAAUAAAGAGUAAAAAGUUUCAUCGGAUUCAAAGAAAGGAAAGGAUCAAGCAACAGCUAAAAGAAUUUGAAGAAUUACAAAAAACUAAUCCACAAGCGGCUCUUGAGAAACUUCAACAGUUGGACCAAGCCAGGGCGCAGGAACGAAUGUCUUUGAGACACAAAAGUACUGGCCAGUGGGCGAAGAACAAGCAAGUCCGAGCCAAAUACAAUAAGGAAAGUCGACAGGCACUUGCACAGCAACUGUCUAUAAGCAGAGAACUGACACAAAAAGUACAGAAGGAUGAUAACAGUGAAGAUGAUGAUGAAAAGGAAACAGUUCUGCCUUCAGCAUCGGAUAAAGAAAAUCCUUGGGUGAAUGGUGUCAAGACACAAUCAGAAAUCGACGACUUUAUCAGCGGUUAUCGUAAAUAUUGGAACGAUCGUAAUAAAUUAGAAAAAGAGAAAAAAUCCCCAGAGGAGACACCUAAAAAAAUCAAGAAAAGUACUAAGCAGAAUGCAAAAGUAGUGCCGAAGAUAAAAGAGUUACCCAAUUCCUUAAAUCCUGUCGAAGAGGUAAUCAUAGAAGAUUUAAAUAAUACGAAUCAUGAUUUAGAAAAUAAAGACUCUUCAGAUUCUGAAAAUAGCCCAAAACUCCAAAUAAAUUCAGUAACAAAACCCAAAAGUUCCAAACAAAAAGCAUCACCCCAAAAGUUGUCUGAAAAAUUAAAAAAAGGUUCAGCCCAGCAAACUAACAGUUCAUCGAUACAACAAAAAUCUGUAGAAUCUAAGAUCAAGAAGAAAUCCAAAACUAAAAAGCCCAUCAGUACCGCAGAGUGGUCUGUAACUCCUCUAGGAAGUGACGAUACCGUAUCCAAGUGUAGUCCUUCGAAAAUCGACAAAAUUGACGACAUCUUCGACGCCAUGGAGGAUAACAUAGAAAAUAGAAUAGAGAAGAAACUCCAGAAAAUAAAAAGAAAGUAUAAAGCAGUACUGAGUACCGAUGAACAACCGUCAAAGAAAAAGAAAAACAGCCAGGACGAGUACACAGGCGAUCUAGGUUUCAAGAAACAAAAACGUGUACCGAUAAUAGACGAGAGGAUGGACGAAACAGCAAACAAAACAGCUUCGAAAGCAACUGCAGAUAUAGUCCAGUUGAAAAAGCUAGCGCAAAGCAAAUUAUCGUCUACGUCGAAUACAAAGAAUCCUGAAAUCGAUCCAAGCAAGUACAUAAACGUGAAACCUAAGUACAUGAAGUCUCAGUUACCAGACGAUAUCGCUGCUGGUGAUGAGGCGAUAGACGAUAACGAGAGAGAGGAGGAACAACAGAACAUAAUAAGCGAAGCCUUCGCCGAUGACGACGUUGUUGACGAAUUUCGAAAGGAAAAGGAAGAGGAGGUUAAAAAAGGACAGCCAGAGAAUCUAGACUUGACUUUGCCAGGUUGGGGUUCCUGGGGUGGUAAAAAUAUUAAGGUAUCCUCGCGCAAAAAGCGACGCUUCAUCCUUAAGUUUCCUAAGGAUGUUCCUCGUAAGGAUGAGAACAAAGGUGACGUUAUUAUCCUGGAGGAAAAGGAUCCAAAGAUAAAGGAGCAUCAAGUGAGCGAAGUUCCAUUCCCGUUCACCAGUGUCAAAGACUUUGAAGCUAGCAUCAGAGCACCGAUCGGUAGGACAUUUGUCCCUGAAAAUGCGCACAAGAGAUUGAUAAGGCCAGCAGUGGUGACAAAGAUGGGCCAGGUCAUUGAACCCAUGGAUGAGGAUGCAUUGAUUAAAACGAAUACGACAAAAGUAAGACGUCGUACAGGAGCUAAUAAAAAAAGAACAGCCACCAAGAAGAAGAGGACAGGAAAAUAAUGUAUUUAAUAUUUUUUAAGCAUUAGCCGGAUGUUUAAUUGUUAUAAAGACUCGCUCGGACUUGCAUACAAUCUACAAUAAUUUCAUUGUACGUAAUAAAAGCUUGUAUGACUCGAAUAGCAUAAUUUCUUAUAAUAAAGAUAAAGAGAAUGAA